GAAGCGCGCGGUUCUCGUGUCGCUCAACAGCUGCUGCAUUGUUAUCCUAACUUAAGAACUAAACUGCUAACAAAAUCAAGAAAUAAUUAACAUAAAGUAAUUAUUAAACAGCAGCAGCUUGCAACGAAAGUCUCGGCGCAAGUGGUCGGCACACAAUUUGCACAGUGUUAUUAGUUUUUUUUACGGUUCUGGUGUCUAGUGUAAAGUUUGUGGUGUUCCUUGGCUUUUUUGUUGUUCGCCUUUUUUUUGUUUUUUUUUUGUUUUUUUUUUUUUUGUUUUUGGAAGAUGCGCGGGCGCAACUAAAAGGCGUCAAAAUAUUGAAACCGCUGCAUCCAACAUUAGCCAGCAAGAAACCGAAAAGAGAGCGAUAGAGAGAAAGAAAAAGAAAACAACAAAAUCCAUUGAAAAUAUAAACAACGUUAACUUUAACGUUGCAACGUCUUCGUUUGCUUUUUGCCCUUGAACUUGGCAGACCGUUGGAGAGCAGCCGCUCGGCGGCGGCGGCGACGGCAGCCGCAUGGAUCAUGCCGUCAAGGCGACGCGCGGCCGCCCGCUCAACACGCUGCGCUUCGAGAACGAUGAACUGGAAUGCCUCUAUCAGCGCUACACGCUCAAGCUGCAACGCUUCUCAGUGCUGGGCGUCGUCGCACUUGUGGUUGUCCUCUGCGGUGUGAUGGCCGCCCUGUCCCUGGCCUUUAACAAUGCGGCCACCUUUCAUAACAUCUUCAACUCGAUUUUGUGUGUGCUGUUCGCCGUUGUGCUGUCGCUGCUGCAAUGCUCCGUCAUCAAGGAUCACCACUUGCCGACAUUGUGCUAUGGCAUUCUCCUGUUUACGGCCAGCAUCUGCAUCGUUUCGAUGCCGACGCUGGGCAGCGUUUUUCCGGUGGACACCAAGGAGGUGAUGGCCGAGGGUGUCUGGCAGAUAGUGUUUGUUGUCUUUCUGGCAUAUGCCAUGAUGCCGCUGCAGAUUUGGGAGGCGGUCGCCUUUGGCAUUACGCUGCCUUCGGUGCACAUCAGCUUUACGGUCUAUAAGAUCUUUACGUCUUCGCUGCGUUAUCAGCUCAUAGCCAACAUUGUUAUCUUCAUUGGGGUGAAUGUCGCUGGCCUGGUGGUCAACAUUAUGAUGGAGCGUGCCCAGCGUCGCGCUUUCCUCGAUACACGCAACUGCAUUGCUGCACGCCUGGAGAUACAGGACGAAAAUGAGAAACUGGAGCGAUUGCUGCUCUCGGUGCUGCCCCAGCACGUGGCCAUGCAGAUGAAGAACGAUAUUCUGUCGCCAGUCGCUGGCCAAUUUCAUCGCAUCUACAUACAGAAGCACGAGAACGUGAGCAUUCUGUUUGCGGACAUAGUCGGCUUCACCGUGCUCUCCUCGCAGUGCAGCGCCCAGGAGCUGGUGCGUCUGCUCAACGAGCUCUUCGGCCGCUUCGAUCAGCUGGCGCACGAUAACCACUGCUUGCGCAUCAAAAUAUUGGGCGAUUGCUAUUACUGUGUCUCCGGCUUGCCGGAGCCUCGCAAGGAUCAUGCCAAAUGCGCCGUGGAAAUGGGACUCGAUAUGAUCGAUGCCAUUGCAACCGUUGUGGAGGCUACCGAUGUUAUACUGAACAUGCGCGUGGGCAUCCAUACGGGCCGUGUGCUCUGCGGCGUUCUGGGGCUGCGCAAGUGGCAAUUCGAUGUGUGGUCCAACGAUGUAACGCUGGCCAAUCACAUGGAGUCCGGCGGCGAGCCGGGCCGAGUGCAUGUGACGCGCGCCACCCUCGAUUCGCUGUCGGGCGAGUACGAGGUGGAGGCGGGCCACGGCGAUGAGCGCUCGUCGUACCUGCGGGACCACGGGGUGGAUACGUUCUUCAUUGUGCCACCGCCGCAUCGGCGCAAGCCCCUAAUGCUAAACACGCUUGGUGUACGCUCGGCGAUCGGUAGUCGGCGCAAGCUAUCAUUUAGAAACGUUUCGAAUGUGGUCAUGCAGCUGCUGCACACCAUCAAGUUCUCGGAGCCGGUGCCAUUCUCCAACAUUGCCACCGGUUCGUUUCCAUCGGCGGCUGCCGCCUUGGGCGGCGGCGUGGCACGUGGCAGUAACACAGACGCGACCACUGCCAGUGUCCAGGUGUCGGAAAAGGGUUCGCGCAAGGUAAUACGUCUACAGAAAAUCUUGCAUGCUACCCCGCCACCGCACGGCAUCGGCUAUGGCAGCGUCGUCGGCAGCGGCGGCGGCGGGGCGGGCAGUGUUCAAGUGACCGUAGGCACAAGUCCCAAUUCAACAGCGAGUACGAUUAGUCGCAUACAUAGGCACAAUCACAAGAAUAAUAAAUCACAGUCUAAGGUCGUGGACAAGUUUAAGCGACCGUUCCGCAAACGUCAUUCGGUGGCCGCUCAUCAUCAGCCAACAAAUCGGGUGAAUCGCUUCCUCUCCCAGGCCAUAAAUGCUCGCUCCGUUGACUGUGAUAAGUCGGAGCAUGUGGAUCGAUUGACGUUGCGCUUCCGGCAGAGCGACAAGGAGCGCGAAUAUCACAAGGAUUUCGAUCUGGGCUUCACAACGGCCAUGGGCUGCUCCCUGUUAUUGCUCAUACUUGGCGCCGCGUUGCAGGUGACCGCAUUGCCGCGCACCUUAAUCCUGUUGCUGUUGUUCCUCACGGCAUUCAUUUGGGUCAGCUCCAUACUGAUGCUGUUGCUGGCCGUUCGCCUAAAGUGGAUCAUCUGGGAUAUUUCCGAGAGCUUCUCGCUGCGAAUGGCCAUCACCAUAUUUACUAUUAUACUCAUCUAUUCCGUGGGCCAGGUGAAUGUGUUUACCUGCGUGACGGACCAUCCCUGUUCGGUUAACGAAACUCAUUUCGACAACCAAGGGCUGGACAACCACAAUCUGGACAACCAAAUUAUUGACUCGAAGGGAUAUCACAUUUCGCCAUUGAUUAGCAAACAAAACGAUGCACAUCGCAAGUGUUCCUUGCCGCAAUACGUUUCGCUGUCGGCAGCUUUUGCUUUCCUCUCCGUAUCCGUGUUUCUCAGAUUGCCGAUUAUAUUCAAGUCGCUACUCGUACUGGGCAUGGGCACCAUCUAUGGCCUGUUCAUUGAGCUGUCGCAUCAGAAUAUCUUUGAUUGCUACGACACUCGCGUCAAAGCAUCUAUUCCGCUUCAUUUGAUCUCAUUGGCGCGAAUUGUCAUCUUUAUGAUUGCGAUAUUGGUGCACGGACGCUUGGUGGAGGGCACCGCCCGCUUGGACUUUCUCUGGCAGCUGCAGGCCUCACAGGAGAAGAAGGAAAUGGAUGUGCUGCAGGAGUCGAAUAAGCGCAUUCUGCACAAUUUGCUGCCCGCUCAUGUGGCUGCACAUUUUCUCGAUGCGCAAUUUCGUAACAAUAUGGAGCUUUAUCAUCAGAGCUACGCCAAGGUGGGCGUCAUAUUUGCCAGUGUGCCGAACUUCAAUGAGUUCUAUACUGAAAUGGAUGGGUCAGAUCAGGGGCUCGAGUGCCUGCGCCUGCUCAAUGAGAUUAUCGCUGAUUUUGAUGAGCUGCUCAAAGAGGAUCGCUUUCGGGGCAUUGACAAGAUCAAGACCGUGGGCAGCACCUACAUGGCCGUGGUCGGCCUCAUACCCGAAUACAAGAUUCAGCCCAAUGAUCCCAACUCCGUGCGGCGCCACAUGACCGCACUGGUCGAAUACGUCAAGGCCAUGCGCCUCUCCCUGCAGGAGAUCAACAGCCACUCCUACAACAACUUUAUGCUACGCGUGGGCAUCAAUAUUGGUCCCGUUGUGGCGGGGGUGAUCGGUGCUCGGAAGCCGCAGUAUGAUAUCUGGGGUAAUACGGUGAAUGUGGCAAGUCGCAUGGAUUCGACUGGUGUGCCCGGCUACUCGCAGGUGACCCAGGAGGUGGUGGACAGCUUGGUUGGCUCACAUUUUGAGUUUCGCUGUCGCGGCACCAUCAAGGUGAAAGGCAAGGGUGACAUGGUCACCUAUUUCCUCUGCGAUAGCAGCAGCAAUGCUCUCAAUGGCGAGGUGCGCAACGCUAUGAUCAGCAACCGGCCGUCGUCAGCGAAUGAAACGCAGUCGCUGUCACAUGCUGGUGGCGGCCUGCAUCCCGCCGAAUACUAUCAGAAGGCGUCACAGUUUCAGGAGAAUCGCCUCAACACGGACACCUAUAGCAAGAAGGAUAAUGGCCAUUUGUACAACGUGUGUGGUGAGGAGCAGCAGCUGCUUCUGCAGCACCAGCACCAGCAGCCGCUGCCAACACCACCUACACAGCACCACCAUCUGCACCAACAGCAGCAGCAGCGCCUCAAUAGCAAGCUUCAAAAGCAGCCCAAUUUUAUGACCAAUGGUGGAUUGCCCAAUAUACGGGAGAAUGGACACAAUGGCGAGAUGCAUUAUGUGGCAUCAAAUUUAUCUAUAGCGCCAGCGGCAACAACACUUACGGCUGCAGUGCAACUGCAACAGCAACAACAGCAGCAGCAACAGCAGCAGAACCAGUCCAUUCCUUCGGUAAUGUUGCGCGAAUUCAAUAUAAUUGAGAAUCCGAAUACCGGUGGCAGGCAUCAACAGCUGCAGCAGCAUCAACAGCAGCAACAGCAGCUGGAGCAGUUGCCGCCAGCGCAGCGGCCACAUCAUGCCAAUAGCCUUGAUGGCGGUGGGGUGGUCGGUGUGCUGGGCGGUGAUUGCUUUAUGGUGCCGCGGCGCGAACAGCUGCGCAGCUAUGCGCCGCCGCCGGCGCUGCCCUUUAACCAGCAUGGCCAGCAUCACCCACUGCAUCAUCUGUAUCACCAGCAUCAGCAUAUGAAUCAGCUUCAGCCAUCGUCCUCCAGCCUGGGCUAUGGCCACUGCCGUGAGAGCGAGCCGCUAUUGCAUGCCAGCAGCGUCGCGCCGGUAGCCAAGAUCAUGCCCAUGCAGCAUGCGCCAAAGUACGAGCCACCACGUUACACCUGUCCCAACUCCGUGUUGUCACUGCAGCAGCAACAACAGCAGCAACAACAACAGCAGCAGCAACAGCAGCCGGAUCGCCAGUAUGCGCUCUAUUCACAGCAACCACCGCUGCCGGAGCUGCCACCGAAACCGGCAUUGAGAAGCUAUUUGAAGCCGCUGCCGAAGUUGCCAAACGAUAUGGAGGAGAGCCGCGAGAUGUCAUCGACGGAUGAUCUCAGCUCACGGCCCCAUUCGCCCUCGAUGAGCAGCUCGGAUGAGAGCUAUUCGAAGACCACUGAGGGCGAGGGUGAGGGCGACGAGGACUCGCCGCGCAUCAAUGGCGGCCAUCUGCAGCGCAACGGACUCGGCAAUGGUCUGGGCAUCGGCAUGGGCAUUGGCUACAAUGUGGGCCGCGUGAAUCCGUUGCAAUGGCUCUAUCCCUGCGAUAUACAAGUUGAUCCCACAUCGCCUGUUGUGGACAUGACGCAGCUGCGCGACUUUGAGCUUAGCUCGACGACCGAAAGUCACGGCCAGCAGACCACCAGCAACACGACGAGCAACACGCAGCACAAAGGCGACAGCUGCAACAGCUUUGACUACCAGAAAAAGACGGGAGCGGGCGCGGCGGUGGCAAUGUCGGCUGCGGGCUCAGCGGCCACCGCUGCAGCGACUGCCACCAAGUCGCCCUUCGAGAGGGAACUGCAAAGACUGCUCAACGAAUCCACGCGAGCGCGCUGCCUGGCUGCAGUCUCAGCCACCACGGCGGCAACCAACAAUGCCGAUCUAACCACCAGCAAUUGCAGUGGUCGCCCCAAUGUCGAUCUGAGCUACUCGGCUAGCAACAGCAAGUUGAGCUCCAUCAAUGGACACGUGCAGGGGCAAGGGCUGGCCCUAACGGCUGAAGGUGGAUCCAGCAGCAAUGGGAAUCUCAGCGGUGGCAGUAACUCGAAUAGCGGCAAUAACAACUAUCAUAAGGAGCUGCAGCAGGAUCAUGAACUGCUCGCCAUGGCGAUGCAGGCAAACGGCAAGUUGCCCAUGAGCAGCAGUUUCAUGAUAUCCAAGCAUCCCGUCGGCCUCGAGGCCAUUAAGGAAAUAACGCGCCACAAGAACCCCUCCGAGUCCAGUCAAAUGCAAACCUCGGACACGGAAUCGUGCGAGAUACUGCACGAGAAUCGCAGCCAAAUGCAUGCGCUUGCUAUGUUGGAGCUGCAUGCGGGCAAGGAGCAGCUGCAGCAACAGCAGAGAUCGUAUCGACAGCGUCCGCGCUCCAAGGAGCUGCAGCACAGCUACGAGAGUAUCGACAGGCUGGAUGGCUCGAUGCUGCAGCAGCAGCAGCAACAAUCCCAGCGGCAGCGGCAUCAUCAUCACCAUCACCAUCAUCAGCAGCGCCAACAACAGCAGCAGUUGCGCUCCAAUCAUAUGGAGCAGGAGGAACGCGAUGAUACGGAGGACAACCUGGCGGAUGAAGAGUUCGAGGAUGAUGAGGUUGGGCGUGAUGUGCGACAGAAGCGCUUGCUGCAGAGCGAGCACAAUAAGCUAAAGAACGAUAAGCAGCAGCAGCAGGCGCACAAUGAGGAGCUGGGGCAGCAGCAACACGAACAGCUGGAGCAGGAACAGCUAAGAGGAGAGACAGCGCCGCUGACCAAUGGCAGCCUGCGCUCGGAGCUGAAUGUGAUAAACGAUGAGUUGAAGUAUGGGGCGGCGCAUCAUAACCACCAGUCCAUGGACUCCAAUCCGCUUGAGAGCCAAUCGGAAUGGUCGGACGAUGAUUGUCGCGAAGAGGCCACAGGUGGCGCGGAGUCAACAGGCUAUAUAACCGAUGAGCCUGGCCUGGAGAAUAUUUCGCUGUUGAACGAGGCUGGUUUGACCGAUGCCGAGGGCGCUUUGUCAGAUGUCAACUCGCUAUAUAAUGCACCCGAUGUGGAUGACACCUCGGUAUCGAGUCGGGCCAGCUCGCGCCUGCUCAGCCUGGACUCGCUCAGCGGUCUUUACGAUUGUGAUUUGGAUUCCAAGCAUGAGCUGGCUAUUGUCAAUGCCUCGCACAAGAUAACUAGCAAGUUUGGACCACCGCCGUCGCCGGCACAGCAACAGCAACAACAGCAGCCAUCAGCAGCUGCAGCAGCAGUAGCUAAUGCAGCAGUAACGACGGCUGUAGUACAGUCGCCGGAGCAGCAGCAACAGCAACAAAGUUAAAGGGAUUUGUACUUAAGAUGAAAAGAGGAUAAAUGAAAUUAAUGAGCACACAAAGGAAACCAGGAAGCCAGCACUCAAAACGUUGUUAAUGCUAAAUGCAAAAGGUGUCUAUUAAUUAACAAUACUAUAACUACCAUGUUAGUUACUAGGGAUAUACACUAUUUAAAGAUAUAUUGUACAGGAUGGAAAACAGAAGCGAGAUACUUUGCGUUUGUACAAGUUCUCAUGGGUUGCUUUCCAUUUCUUCUACUUAUGAUAACUAACGGCACUCUCUUUAUGUAUAAGAUUGUAUGUUUAUUUUUUUUAGCCCUCGUGGUUUAUGUUUAGGUAUUAUAUACGUAGUAUAUACAAAAACAAUAUAUAUAUAUAUAUAAACACAGAUAGUCAAUGGUUAUAUUACGCGAAUUGGCCCAGUUAAACGUUCCAGUUAAAUCCCACAAAAAGUUAAAGUAAACAUAAUUACGACUUAAAUUCUAUAAACUUAUCUAUACUGAUAUGAUAGAAACCGAGAAGGCAUAUGCCUCAAGGUAUAUACGCAAAAUCAUCACAAUUAUUAUUAAAAACGAUUUGUGGAUAUUUCAUUUGUGCGCUUAGCCUCUAUAAGAUAUAAUUUGCUCAUUUGUUAUACUACAUUAUAUAAGUACAUAAUGCUACAUCAAUUGACAUGUUUAACAACCUGUAUGCCUAUAUUAUUUAAUAAUCGAAUAGAUACAACUACAACAAAUGCAUGACAAGUUGUAAAUAAAGCGAAAUAUAAAUAUUUUAUCUUUAACUUACGAUAACUUCUAAAUAAAUCCUGCACAUGACGAGGAAACAUCUUUUGCAAGAAACAAGUUGAUUGUCUGUUCCAUUAGUUUAGCGAUAGUUAUUGAAACUUUGCAGACUCUGUAUUAGUUUAGAAAUAUCUAACUGAUUUAUAGGUCUUAACGCCAAGCGUCUUGUGCCAUUUAUCGUAGCCUACUUUUAGCUGCUGCGUUAAAGCGUUGUCUACUUUGAGGCCUGGCUCGCAUACACCUUUUUGUACAUACUAACACACACACACGCAUACGAUACGUACUUAACAUAAUAUUAUUUUAUAUUUAUAA